AUGAAAGAAUUAAUUUUUUAGUUUGUAUUUUAAAUUAAUAAAAUAUAUAUUGCAGUUAAUAUUGUAAAUAUUUUAAUUCUCAUCAAUUACUUUAACUUAAAAAUAAUUAUAAACAUAUUAAAUUCUAUUAACAAUUUAAAUGUAUUUUUUCUUAUAAAAUUAUAUUUAAAUAUUUAGACAAAUUAAUAAAUUUAGUCAGUCAUCUUGCCAAAAAUUAAUUCUUGCAAUUCUACUGUAAAUUAAAUUAAAAGGAUAAAAAGAAUUACAAAUUAUAGUUAUUAAUAAUUAUUCCUUGAACUCAUGAACUCAAGUGAAUGCUAUACCUUAGUCUAUGGAUUGACGGGAUCAGGAAAAAGCUCAUUACUAAAUGUCUUGUGCGGUAAGGAAUUUACUUCUAAAAGUUAAAAACUUGUUUUCAAUGACACAAUCUUUAAAGUUUCUGCAAACAAAAUAUCAUAAACAGAAAACUAUCAAGAGAAAUAUAUGAAUAGUAUAAAUAUGAUCUUUGUGGAUACACCUGGAAUCAAAGACACUAAUCUUUAAAAGAGGGUAAAUAAUCUUUAUAAAUUACACUCAUACUUUAAGGCAGAGGGUAACCUACAAAAAUAAUUUAAGUUCAUAUUUUUGAUAAGCGAGCCAGAAAUAGUUGCAAUAAGAGGCUAAGAAAUUAGUAUCCUAAUGGAUGAAUUAUUUCAAUUAUUCAAAAAUAUUGAAAUUUUUUAAGAUUCUGCCCUUGUCGUAUUCUCAAAAGUUCGUCCAUAUCCAUUAAAUUCAGAAGGUUAUUAAGAUUAAAUUUAAAAUUUGAGAGAAAACUUUUUUGAAAUUAUUGAUGGUGAAAAGAGCUAAAACACUUUAAAAUUUUUUAAAUCAAUUCCUGAAAAGAAUUAUUUAAGUUUUUCUAAUCCUCACUCUGAAAUAGAAUGUAAAAUUGUAAAAGAUGAGAGAGAUGCUAUUCUUCAUAGUUUGAAAGACAAAAUUCAAUCUGUAAACAAAAUAGAAUUAAAUACUGAACACCAACUGGAUGCUUAAGUGAAAAUAUUUAUGAAAUAACAAUUUGAUGAAUUUUAACAAUUGAAAGAUGAAACAAAUAAACUGAUUUUUGAUUAUUUAGUUAAAGAAAUAAUUGAAGAAGCUGAGAUUAAACAAGAAUAAAAAACUCAACAGCUGAAGCAGAUAAAAUAAGAAAUUUAAGAAUUUAAAUGUUAUAAGGAUUUGCUAGAAAAAAUAAAUUGUUGUCCUAAUUUAAGAUAGGAAUUAGAGAAACUCUAUGACAUUUUACUAAAAUAUAACACUAUUGAGAAAUGUCAUAAAGAUUAAUUUAAUUUAAAUGAGAUUAAAUUUAUUGAUCAAAUAAUAAAUUAAACUAACGAAAAACAUGAUGGAUAGACUUUAACCUUGAAAGCAUUUUAUUUACACAGCUCUGAAAUGUAUGAAAAGAUUCUUAAAAAAUACAGUAGCUCUAACUUAAAAAAAAUAAUUUUAAUCAUAGAGCACUCAUUUAUUUUUGAUUCAUAAUUAUUUUCUUUUCAUGGAGGGUCAUUAGAUUUGAGAUGCAAAAAAUUUAUCAUUUCCAAGUUUGCUCAAAAGAUAGACCUAUCUGGACAGAGGAAUAAAGAUAUCAAUGAUUAAUUUAAAUAAUAAUCUGGAAAAAAUGGUGAGGAUAGGUAAGAAUAAGAUGGGGAAGACGGAGAAGAUGGUUUACCAGGAGAUCCUGGUGAAAAUGGAGGUUCCUUUUUAAUGUCUAUUGAAAACAUCUCAGGAAUAAUCUCUAAAGAUAAUAAAAUAACAGUAGAUGUAAGUGGAGGUAAAGGAUAUGAUGGCUAAAAUGGAGGGAAUGGUGGAAAAGGAGGAAAAGGAAAGAAUGGUGAUUUGAAAGGUAUUGAAAAUAAAGAUAAAAAAUAUUUGAAAUAUGUAGUGGAUGUAACAGGAGUUAUUAAAAAUAUUAUUUCAUUAAACAAAGAAUAUGCUUUUUAUUAUGAAUCUUAAGGUCAAAAAGGAUUUAAAGGAGGAAAUUGUGGUAAAGGAGGAUCUGGCGGUUUGUAAGGAAAUCCUGGAGAUUUUAAGAUUAUUUCAUGGAAUAAGAGCUAAAUCGAGAGUAAACAUAUCUUAGUAAUAAAAACAUAGGGACUUAAAGGCGAAGAUGGAAUAUGUGGUCAACCUGGUCCUGGAGGAAAAGGGGGGAAAAAUGUUAUUGGAGUUUAUACAGACGAAUAUUUUUGUCCCACAUUAAGAGGAAUAACAAAAGAAAUGAAAAAAUUAAAAGAAGAGAAAUCCUAAAAUGAUAUUGAUUUAGUUGAUGUAAGAAAUGUGGCUUUAAAUGGAGCUACAACAGCAGUUUGGAGUAUUGCUGUUGGAGAAGCUGCAGUUUCUGUAGGUUUGGUGAGCCUUGCAAGAUUUGUUGCCUUGCCAGCUGGGAUCUUUCAAGCAGUAACAAGUGCUUUUAUGGCUGCAUAAGAUUCUAAAGUUGUUGCAAAACCAGAAUAUAAGGGAAGAGCAGAUAAAGGUAAUGAUGGAGAAUGUCCCACAAUAUAAAAAAAUAGCGAUCCUGAUACUAGCAUUGUUUUUUGUUCACUUGAAUGA